AUGGAAACCAGUGUACCGCCAUUACAAUUAGCUCACUUGAUGCUUGAGGGUGCUGUCAUAUCGCUUUGUGCAGAAUUGAUCAUCAAGACAUUGUUCUUUUCUAGCAAUCAGAAAUCAUGGCUCAUCCGUGGAUUGAAAAUAACUAUGGCUGUAGCAAUGAUCGUCAAGAGUUCUAUAUUUGCAGCAUUGAGUUCAAGAUCGCUGAUGCAUCAUUGCCUACUAUCAGGCAGAAUCGCAGACUUACUCUACCAUGUCAGCUGCCUGUCUGCCAUCUAUAUCUUGCUGUUACGAGUCAAAAUCGUCAUACCAUCAUAUCGACAGAUGUUGUUCAACAUCAUACAUGCCCUGAUAAUGGCUGCCAGGGUUGUUCUCAUCGUCUUUGAUGUGAUCUAUUCCUACAUUUGGUCAGAUGUAACUAUAGGCGUUUGUAGAUACAAGGACAAGCAUGAGAUUAGUGUCACAUAUACACUAUUUGAUACUGCAGUCGAUUUCUAUGUGAGCAUAAUGAUCACCUCCAUUCUUGUCACUCAUAUUAGAAGGAUGUACGCUGACCAAAUUGGCGGCAAUGUCAAUUUAUACAAAUCUGUGGUCAUCUCCAAUACCAUCCGCACCAUAAUUCUCUCCAUAGUCAAUCUUAUCUGCACAGUGUACUAUUUAAUUGCAAAUGAUAACCCUAUCAUGGUCUUCAUUGUCUGGCCCAUUGGCAACAUGUCUCUCAUUGUUCUGGUGGGAUACGACAGUGACAUUACGAGAUCCAUCAAUCAUUGCAAACGCCUCCUUCCAUGUACUCUGACAAGUGAUGCCAUCUACACACCAAAGGAUGAAGGCCAAGCAGAGCUACAUCACUCAAACCACACAGCAUCAUCGUCCAAUGUGAUAAACGAGCCCAUUCUAGCGACAGCAUCUUUUAAUGACAAUGAUCGCUCCUCUUUCCCUUUGCGACGACUUUCCAAUAUGAAAAACCUAGAUGUGUAUGACGAUUCAGAGUUUGCCAAAGCACAAGGCGGAUCUUCAGAUGUUACCAAUAGCUCUUCUUGCACCAUUAUCAAUGUGGAUUACUGCCAGCAGGGAAAUUAA